UGGUGGUCGGCAGCGGGUCUAUCCCAAUUUACGACGCUGACAAACACUGCUACAACAGCCCACACAAAGUCACCCAAUACAAGAAGGGAAAGGAUUCGCUGGCAGCUCAGGGAAAGCGACGUUACGACCGAAAGCAGUCGGGUUAUGGUGGACAGACGAAACCUGUGUUCCAUAAGAAGGCCAAGACAACCAAAAAGGUCGUAUUGAGACUGGAGUGCACAGUCUGCAAGUACAAGAUGCAACUGCCUCUCAAGCGCUGCAAGCACUUCGAAUUAGGUGGAGACAAGAAGACAAAGGGUGCUGCUCUUACUUUCGUAUGUGUCACUAGUUUCCCUGUUCUCGAUGGGAGCACAAUGCUGAUUUCUAUCACGCUAUCUUGGUUAAUCGAACCAUUAUCGCCGAGCCCUGUGCUACAAUGCAAGAGAAUCUUAGUCCGUUCAUUGGUGGAUGACCUUACAGGAAGGCCGGAUUCAAGCUUACGAAAGAGAUUAAAUAAAGCUCCAGGAAUUUGA